UUCCCCCGGUCGGAGCCCACCCCCGCCUCCCUCUCUCUACUUCCUGCCCUCUCUCCUUCUAUGCGUGUUUUCUAUUUCUCCAUUGAAACGUCUCUUGACAUCCCUCUCUCUCUCUCUCUCUGACUUUGGGCGGAGGAUCAAUGAAAUAGCCGCGGAGUAGGAGGAGAACCGUACUGUUUCUAGGACCUGGAAGGAGUUGCAUUGCUAGAGCUUCCCGCGCUUGCCUUUACUGCUUUGCUCAGGCCCUCAAUUUGACGAAGGCGGCGGAGGUAAUCUUGGGUGGGAUUCCAGCUCUCGGUGCGUUGAGGGCGGGAGGCGAGUUCCGUCUCAUUUUGGUGGUUUCGGCUGCUGGAGCAUCGCCUGAGUUUGGCGUGCUUCUGGUUUUCUCCGGUGCCUUAGCAUGACAUAGAUUGGUUGAGCUUGGGCAUUUCCUGUGAUGGGUUCGUGCGGGAACUUGGCUUCUGCCGACGAACCCUUGAGCUGUGGCUCAGCCGCGGCUGGAGAAUUGGCUCCCGGGCAGCUGACCGGCGAGGAAGCUGCUCAGACUUCGCCUGAUUUUGGUGUCAAUGCUGAUCAGGUGAGUUCCCGUCACGAGGCUGAACAGUCUGGAAUUGAGGAGGAUUGCUCUCCCGGUGACUUCGAUAAGUCCGGUUCUCUGGUGGUUGCCACAGAUGGUCAAUGCAGUGAAAAUGGGGGUUUCCAGUGUGAGAAUCAAAGUGGUGCUGAUGCCUCUAGUUUGGAUAGAGAAGCGUCGUCAGGCGAGCUUGGGGUAGGGAAUUUAGAAAAUGGCGAUGGGAUGCCGUUGGAGCUGAAAUCAGGGAUUGAUUGUCCAGAUGAUCCAUCUGAGCAGAUUGAAUUGGGGUAUAGGAUGCGUGGGAAUGGACCCUUAGUACAAGAAAUCGAGUCAGUGGAAGAGACAGCUGAUGAUCUGUUAGUUAUGGAGGCAGGCACUGAGGGUUGCCCUUCCUUGUUGAUUAAUGGAGAUGAAUGUCGCAGUGGAAGGGAAGCAACAAUGGAGCGCAAAAUGAUCUCAGAAGAAGUUGCCAUAACCCCAGCUGGCCUUCUCGUGAAUAACCAGACAGGUAAUUGUCCUCUAGAGACAUGUGCCAAUUUAGUGGAUGAAAAAGUUGAUGAUGUAGCUUUGGAAAACGAUACCUGUAAUGCGACACCAUGCCCAGACACCAACGGAAUGCCUACAGAAAAUGCUCUUUCUCCAGGUUAUCCAGAUGGAAAAAGCACAAAAGGUGAGGAUAAAAACGAGUCUGUGCUCCUGAUUGAAACUGUAGAAUCAAUCUAUGCUGUUGGUAUCGACAACCUGAAAUUGUCUCCAAAUGGAACUAAGAGGGAAGCAGAUAAUUUGUGCCCUGCAGAUUCAGCAUGCCGUGCUGUCCUGGAGACAGUUCAGGAGGAUGACAGAAGUGUUAAAUGCCUUUCUUCAGAGGAUGCUUCAGUGGAGAUGAUGAAGGAAUUCAGUGCUCUAGCUAAGGUUGAGGCAGAACUGUGCAUCGGGACUCCCUCUUCUCAAGUUAAUGAGAUGCCAGUGGAAAAGACUGUUGAUAUCCUGCUACUAGAUAAUGACCAGAUGAGUAACGACAAUGAUACUAUGACUAUGAGUUCUCUUAUCAGUGAAACCAGAGGUGGGGCCAGGAUAGGGGCUGAUUCACAGUAUGAGACAUCUAUUGCACUGCUUCACAAGAUGCCUUGUGCACAAUCAAGUAUGCGUGAUUGUAUGAUUGGCUCUGGGCAACAGACUGAGAAGAAAUCUGAUGGACUGCUUUCUGGUAUGCCAACUGAACUGUUUUCAGGGUCAGAAGAUGCAAAAAUCGAUGACAUGUGUUGCCAAAAUUUUCCUUUGGGGGAUGACCGGGAGAAAGGUCUGCAUGUCUCUUCGUUGUUGAGCAAUUCUGCUCAGGUAGAUGGUGGGGAAGACAGCAAUGGAGCUGCUGAAACUAAUGCAGAGCACAUUGGAGAAGAAAAUGCUCUUCUGGUGGAUAAAUGCAUCGAAAAUGGUGGUGAGUCACUGCAUUUAAAAGAAACUGCUUUCAACUGCGAAAGCUUGUCUGUGGGAUCACUUGGUUUGCAAUCGUGUAAGCCACAUUCUACUCUCAAGAAUUGCUCUUUGUACUCUUCGAAUGAUUCAGAUGUGCCAUGCAUGGCGGUCACUGUUGCUACAACUUCCAGUGCAGCCAACGACUAUAUAAGCGAAAAGAAUGAAGAGAGGAAAACUCAUGGUAGAUUUGAUUGUCUUCCUGAAGCAGAAUCUCCUUUGGUCAUAACCUCAUCUUCUAGAAGGAGCAGCCGCGCAAAUAAAUCUGGCCGGAAGACCCAAGCAAAAAAGGCUUCAAGGUAUUCUAGGGACGCGAGCAAAGUGGCAUACCAUCAUGAAUCUCUAGAACUCAUCUUUAAGGCUGCAAAGAAGAAGAGGACAUGUUGCUCCAAGACACCUCGGUCUUCUACCUGGGGUAUCAUGCAGAAUAUUUCACAGCAUUUCGAACAUAUAAAUGAGCUUGGAGUUGAGUCUGAUCAAAAGCAAGGAUCACGGAAAGUCAGGAUUGGACGAGGAAGUGGAAAGCAAAGCACGAAUCAGUCAGGUGGAACCUCACAGGUUUCUAAGGGAAAUGUUGGUGGUGCAUCUAAUCGCAUCCGUUUGAAGUUGAAAAUGGGCAAGGAGGUGGUUAUGAUUUCGGAAGUUGUUAGUACUGCUAGAGGUGCUUUUGUAUCUGCAUCUUCUGGGGGUUCAAUUUCAGAUGUUGCAAACUUGACUGAUGAUGUCAAGGAGAAGAAUCAGUUGGAUUGUGGAGGUGCUAAGCUGGAAAAUGAAAAGUUGUAUUCUGGUAAUCACUUUGUGAAUGGAGAUUCCAAUUUGACUGUAAAGGAGUCCGCCCAGGAUGGAGGAGGCUGUUUCGAUCCCACGCUAGUACAGAUCGAGUCGGUGUGUGGGACAGUUGAGGAUACAUAUUUAGGUUCUGAAACUUCGCCUGAUUCGGAAGUGAUAAAUUUGACGCCAGAAGCACAGCUCAGUGAAAGACCACAGGAAGGUGCCAAGGAUGUUGCUUUGGAUUCUUCCAAAAACCUUGCAAAUUUUGAAGAUGUUCUCAACUCUAGAAAAGGAAAGAAGAAAGAUAAGGUCCCUCGGAAAAGCAGUUGUGGCAGGAAAGAUAAAUCAUUGUCAGGAUCAUCAUCAUCAUCAUCAUCAUCAAAAAGACGUGGUUGCAGGGUGAGAGAGGGUGAAAAUGUCGAUUCUGGUGAAAAUUUUGCAUCGGUAGCCAGUGAAAAUCUGACCAACUUGUCAAGCAAUACUGAAUCUUUACCUUUGUCCACUGAGGCUGAUCUCGCUUUCUCUAAUGGGCAUUUGGAAAUUGAAAAUGGUGCUAAUACCUUCCCUGGUCAAGAUAUUAGUAGUGGAUUGGUGGAUUUGGAGCACUUGGAGAGCAAUUUACUUUCUGCCAAACAGAAAGAGCAGAAGCAAGUCAAAAGCUCAAAACCUAGUAAAGUGAGUAGUGAUAGGUCCAAAGAUUUAAAUAGUGCUAAGAGCAGGAAAGGAGCUUCAUGUAAACAGAAGAAAGAGAAGUCAACUAGUAAAAGCAAAGUGAAAGAGAGAGGUGUCCGCGACGAGCUCCUGUGUAAGGCCGAGGAUCAUGCACUAGCUAGUGAUGGUGUAAGAGAUGCUAACCAAACCUGCGACGCUGCUGCUUAUAUGUGGACUGGUGACACCUCCAAAUCCAAGAUAAUAUCAAACAAUCUCGUGGAGCAAGAGUUACUCCUGCGGAAUGCUUGGGUGCGUUGUGAUGAUUGUCAUAAAUGGAGGCGUAUAGCUGCUGCACUUGCAGAUUCCAUAGAAGAUGCAAAUAGCAAUUGGACCUGCAAGGACAAUCAGGAUAAAAGAUUUGCUGAUUGCUCAAUCCUGCAAGAAAUGUCAAAUGCGGAUAUCAAUGCUGAGUUGGAAUUAUCAGAUUAUUCUUGCGAAGACGAUGAUUAUGAUGGCAAUCGGAAUUACAAAGAAUUGAAGCCUAGCCAUCCAACAGUUCCCCAACAGUCAUCCUUUAUCCAAAUUGAUUCAAAUAAAUAUUUGCAUCGAAGCCGGAGAACUCAAACAAUUGACGAGAUAAUGGUUUGCCAUUGCAAACCGCCUUUAGAUGGCAAGUUGGGCUGCGGGGAUGAAUGCCUCAAUCGGAUGUUGAAUAUUGAAUGUGUUCAAGGCACCUGUCCAUGUGGAGACCAUUGUUCAAACCAACAGUUCCAGAAGCACAAGUAUGCCAACCUGCAAUGGUUCCGAUGCGGUAAAAAGGGUUAUGGGCUUCAGUUGCUGGAGGAUGUCUCUGAGGGGCAAUUUAUUAUCGAAUACGUUGGGGAGGUGCUUGAUAUGCCUGCUUAUGAGGAGCGACAGAGAGAUUAUGGUGCUAAGGGUCACAAACAUUUCUAUUUCAUGACACUGAAUGGUAGCGAGGUAAUUGAUGCAUGUGUUAAGGGGAACUUGGGGCGUUUCAUCAACCAUAGUUGUGAUCCUAAUUGCCGAACAGAGAAGUGGAUGGUGAAUGGAGAAAUAUGUAUCGGAUUAUUUGCAAUACGGGAUAUUAAGAAGGGUGAAGAGGUGACUUUUGACUAUAACUAUGUGAGAGUAUUUGGUGCUGCGGCCAAAAAAUGUGUUUGUGGGUCACCCCAUUGUCGAGGUUAUAUUGGUGGUGAUCUACAGAGUACUGAGACAAUUGUUCAAGGUGACUCAGAUGAUGAAUUUCCAGAACCUGUAAUGCUUUAUGAAGAUGGGGAUGUUGCUUAUAGGUUUGACAAUUCCAUCCAUCGGACUGUUGUUGGAUCAGACACGCGGGCUACAGAUCUUGUAGUCAAAGAUAGAAAAGAAGAGGUCAAAGAAGAGAAUACUUUGGGGAUUAAGGACCCUGCAAGUCAAUCUGUCUCUAUUAUUUCGCAGUUGGACAGAUCACCAGAUGCGGAAGGAACACAGGAAAAUGUUUCGUCCUCUAAGCCGCCGCAUCAGGAAUUGUCAUUGCAUCCAAAAGAUGUUAGAAGCACAGUCUCAUCUGAAAUUCAGCAGAAGAUCUCUAUCGAAGAUGCUUCAAACUUGAAUUAUACUAGAUCAGCUUCUGAUGAGAAGUGGAGUUUGGCUGAAUUACGUCCUCUAGUGAAAACUCCUAGGGCACCUAGUGCUAUCAAGAAAGGUAAAGGUAGCAGUAAUUCACAGAAUGUGAACAAAGGUCAGGGGACGGCAAGCAAGUCUCAGACGGUGCCCAUCAAACCUAAAAAAGCAAUUGAAGGAUCUUCAAAUGGUCGCUUUGAGGCAGUUCAAGGGAAACUUAAUGAAUUGUUGGAUGCCGAUGGUGGAAUCAGUAAAAGGAAGGAUGCUGCUAAAGGCUACUUGAAGCUCUUGCUUCUCACCGCAGCUUCUGGCGAUAGUGGCAAUGGGGAAGCGAUUCAGAGUAAUCGUGAUCUUUCAAUGAUCCUUGAUGCGCUUCUUAAAACAAGAUCCCGAGUCGUCCUGAUGGAUAUAAUAAACAAAAAUGGUCUCCGAAUGCUUCAUAACAUCAUGAAACAGUACAGGAGGGACUUUAAAAAGAUUCCUAUUCUUCGCAAGCUCCUGAAGGUCUUGGAGUACUUAGCAGUUAGGGAGAUACUGACCUUGGAGCAUAUUAAUGUUGGCCCUCCCUGUCCUGGAAUGGAGAGCUUUAGGGAAUCCAUUCUGUCGUUGACUGAACAUGAUGAUAAACAGGUUCAUCAAAUUGCCCGAAACUUCAGGGACAGGUGGAUUCCUAGACAUCUCAGAAAGGUUGGAUAUGCAGAAAAGGAUGAUGGUAUGAACUCACUUCGGGGGCUAAAUUUCAACUUCUUAAGCUCUCACAGUAACUGGCGGGACACGACUCUGACGAGACCAGUAGAAGCUAGUGAUGGCCUUCAUCAGCCUUCGCUUUCGGCAGAAACUUCAUCGGCAACAGAUAAUUCAUCCACUGAUGGAGGGUUCACUAGUGGGACCUGGACGCGCAAGCGUAAGACUCGAUGGGAUUCAGACACGAACCCAUAUUUGGAGUCUCUUAUGCGUAAGGAGAAGGACUCCCUGAACAGAACUGAAGAUGGAAGGGAAAAUAAUCACGAAGAAGAGGGCCCGCCUGGGUUCUCUUCUCUCGACACUUCUCGAGUUUCUUCCAACGGUGCAUCGACUGCAGUGGCGGUCGAUCAAUCAGGUGAAAAGGUUCAGUAUAUGCGAUGCCCUUUCGAUGCUGUGAUUGGGCAGCCACAGGAGAGAUUCAAAUCCCGAUCGCCAGUCUCUUAUGGAGUUCCACUGUUGAUCCUGCAGCAGUUUGGGACCCCACAGGCUGGUUCUAUAGAGAAUUGGGCUAUAGCUCCUGGUAUGCCUUUCCAGCCAUUUCCACCUUUACCCCCAUUCCCCCGAGAUAGGAAGCGCCGGUCCCCUCCUAGUAGUUCAGAUUGUGGGACAAAUAGUAGUAAUAGUCUUUACUCUUCUGCUGAUGAGAAGAAGCCUGUCAAUCUCAGCCCAAGCACCAACUCUGCUAAUUUAGUGGAUUCUGAGGUUCCAUGCUCUGACAACCAACAGAUGAUGCCCUUUAAGAGGUUGAAGGGGUCGUCUCAGGAUCUGGGUCGGAGGUACUUCAGGCAACAGAAGUGGAACGGCGGGAGGAUACCUCCUUGGGUUAGAAACUGCUGGAGGAACAACCCCCCAAGGGGUGGCGCCGGGCCUGUCUCAAAUGAGCAGAGGAGUUCAGAUAAUGCUAUAGACUGUAAAUUAGGAAGGGAGGAUGUUAAUUAUCACCAGGAGACGCCACCGACACAGAACCCCCACCAUUGAUUUUCAGAAAUGGGGGAGUACAUCAAAGAACCGAUGGAAUUUUCGUUUUUUUUUUUUUUUUUUUUUUUUUUUUUUUUUUCCAGUCUUUUUUCGACCAUACUGAGAUGUACCACCAUUCUUUACUUUGGGAAAUUUCAAACUUUAAAUGGGAAGAAAAUUAUUCGGUUCGUUCAUUUGAAAUUGGUGCCCUUUGCGCAUCGGGAGUCGGUGUUGGUGCCACGAGGUAACUAUUUUCCCUCUAGUUUUGUUUAUUCUUCUUGUUUUUUCCCAUUCUUUAUGCAUCAUUUAAUCGGUGGUAGAAGGAAUUUAAGGAAGCAGAUUUGUGGACAUUGGACAAGACUCAGAUUAAUAUGCUGUCCAUUUAAAGCAAAAUGAUUGAAUGUAUUGAGAUA